CUGUUCAUCAUCAUGGGCGUGACGUGGCUGAUGGGUACGCUGGCGGUGCUGGCGCGCUGGCCCGCGCUGUGGUACCCGUUCGUGGUGCUGAACGGGCUGCAGGGCGCCUUCAUCUUCGUCAUGUUCGACGUGAAGCGCAGCGUACUGAGCAUGCUGUGGGAGCGUGUGCUGGGCCCGCGGCCGCUGCCCGCGCCGUUGCGCUCGCCACGCUCGCCACGCUCCACGCAGCACGCGUCGGAGGCGUCGCGCCGCACCGCCACCACGUCCGUGACCGCGUCGUGCACGCCCUGCGCCCGCGGCGAGCGCAACAGCGGAAAUACGUCCAGCCUUAGCAUGGAUGUGGCUCUGAAUGGGUCAGUGGCUCACGAGAUGGAUAAAGGAACUUCAAAUGGCUUCCAGCAAUGAAAUGUUGAUGUCAACACAUUUGGCAGUACCUGUAAAGUCAUUAAAAAUGGUUAGAAGGUGCAGCUUCUCCGUAUCACCUGAACCUAAGUGUUUCCUCGUCAGUCUGAGUGCAAUUAGAAUGGCGUUAGACCGCUACAAAACAUUGCAGCUAGUCAUCGAGCAUUUUGAGGCGUUUGCCAAAGAACAUGUUGGCAAAUUUGUGAACCCAAGUUUAU